GCGAGAGGUAACUGUCGGUCAUACGAGACAGGCUGAGAGACACGACGGAAGGAGUAUUGUCAGAGUGACAGUGGACCAAUUUUAUAUAUUACAGUUGUGUGAUUCUCACAGCUGUCCUGUUUGGCGGAUUCCUAUUUCUGAAGCCUUCCAUCUGGUACAGUUCUCCUAGAAAGCGGCAUGGGACUCCAGGUAGACUCGACACUCCAGUCUAUCCUCCUCGUUCCAAUCCACUUCCUGAUAUGGCUGUACUCCGUCCUGACCUUCCUGCCCUGGUACUACAUCACCGGUGCUGGCAAAAGAAAAACUAUAUCUAACCGGGUAAAAGCCCGUUCCACCUCCGGCUGCCCUGAGGGACCUUACCGCUCUGUGGACCAGUUUGACUCCCUAGCUAAGGAGGACUUCCCAGGCAAGGACACACUGGACAAGCUCUUUGAGUAUGCUGUGCAACGCUUUGGAGAAUCACAUUGUCUCGGCACCAGGGAGAUUCUGAGUGAAGAAAAUGAGAUUCAGCCCAGUGGUAAAGUUUUUAAAAAGCUGAUCCUGGGGGAGUACAGAUGGCUGUCCUACAAGGAAAUUGACUCUCUUGUGAGUCAGUUUGGAAGUGGAUUUGCAGCUUUGGGACAGCAGCCCAAAAGCACUAUUGCAAUUUUCUGUGAAACCAGAGCGGAAUGGAUGGUCACUGCUCAGGCAUGCUUUAGGCGCAAUUUCCCAUUGGUGACAUUCUAUGCCACACUCGGAGAGGAUGCAAUUGCCUUUGGACUGAAUGAGACUGGUGUUUCACAUCUAGUCACCAGCGCAGAACUGCUCGAGACUAAACUGAAAAAAGUGCUUCCACUGUGCCCAAAACUGAAGCAUGUGAUUUACGUGGACCAGAAGAAAGUGAGCACAGAAGGCUACCCAGCAGGAAUCUCCAUCCACAGCAUGCAGGCUGUGUUAGAGAUGGGCGCACUGCCUGAAAAUAUGGGGAGGGCUAUAGUGAAGCCACAGCCCUCUGAUCUAGCUGUGGUGAUGUAUACCAGUGGCUCCACUGGACGACCCAAGGGAGUGAUGAUUGUCCACAGAAACCUGAUUGCAGGAAUGACAGGACAGUGUGAGCGCAUCCCUGAACUAGGGCCCAGUGACACGUACAUAGCCUACCUGCCCCUGGCUCAUGUUCUGGAAAUGACAGCUGAGAUCUCCUGUGUUACAUAUGGUUGUCGGAUUGGCUACUCUUCCCCACAGACUUUGUCAGACCAGUCCACCAAAAUAAAGAAAGGAAGUAAAGGAGACUGCUCUGUGCUCAAACCCACCCUGAUGGCAGCUGUGCCAGAAAUAAUGGAUCGGAUCAACAAGAAUGUAAUGAGCAAAGUGCAGGAAAUGAGUUUCAUCCAGAAGACGCUGUUUACACUGGGCUACAAAUAUAAACUGGAGCAGAUCAAGAGGGGCUAUGAUGCACCACUCUGCAAUGCCGUGUUAUUCCGGAAAGUCAAGAAACUGCUGGGAGGACGGGUGAGGAUGAUGCUGUCAGGAGGGGCACCCCUUUCCUCCGCCACUCAAAGAUUCAUGAAUGUGUGCUUCUGUUGUCCAGUGGGCCAGGGCUACGGCCUCACUGAAACCUGUGGAGCAGGCACCAUCACAGAGGUUGCGGACAUCAGCACCGGUCGUGUUGGAGCUCCUCUUAUUUGCUGUGAGAUCAGACUCCGGGACUGGGCUGAAGGUGGCUACACCAGCAAAGACCAGCCAAACCCAAGAGGGGAGGUCCUGAUUGGUGGUCCUAAUGUAACCAUGGGUUACUACAGGCAUGAAGGCAAUGAUCAGGACUUUUUUGUGGACGAUAAAGGGGAGAGAUGGUUCUGCACUGGAGAUGUAGGAGAGGUUUACCCAGAUGGCUGUCUACAAAUAGUCGACCGCAAGAAAGACUUGGUCAAACUGCAGGCUGGAGAGUAUGUGUCUCUUGGUAAAGUGGAAUCUGCGCUGAAAAACUGCGUUAUCAUUGACAACAUCUGUGCUUACGCAAACAGUGAGCAGAACUACGUGAUCAGCUUUGUGGUUCCUAACCAGAAGAAGUUGAUGGAACUGGCCAAACAGAGAGGCAUAGAUGGAACAUGGGAGGAGAUCUGCGUUCACCCUGAAAUGGAAAGAGAAGUUCUGGAAGCGAUCAAAGUCGCCGCUGCCAGCAUUAAACUCCAGCGAUUCGAAAUUCCCAUGAAGGUCCAUCUGAGUCCUGAGCCGUGGACCCCAGAGACGGGUCUUGUUACGGAUGCAUUCAAGCUGAAGAGGAAAGAGUUGAAGAACCACUAUCUCCACCACAUAGAGAGAAUGUAUGGAGGAAAAUAGCUUGUACAGUUUCACCCAAGAGUCCAAGAUGUCACCAUAACGGGGUGGAGUGGCGCAGAGGUUAAGACCAGUACCCUGUGUGCGAAAGACGUCAUGAUCGCAAUGGUCGCAAGUUGGACUCCACCCCUGGCGGAUUGUACACAAUUCCAUUGUAAGUCGCUUUGGAUAAAAGCGUCUGCUAAAUGACAUGUAAUAACCACUGUUUUGUGAUCCAUAAAUAUUUCCUUAAAGCAGUUUGUGAACCACAGACAUCCACAUGAAAGUGUCUUGAAAAGCUAAAUGCUGUAGAUAUUAAUAGUUGUUUCCUAUGUGCUGCUUUAUAUUCAUGUGAUGAAGUUUUUGAUUGUCGAAGAUACGGACUGUAGUGGCUUCGCACUCGGCUGCCAUCCAUUUAAAUCUGUCGGCUUUCUAUUUGAAGCAAUGCACUUGUUACAUUGAGAAUAUUACCAACUGUAUUCAUCAGGCUUCUAAAGCUCUUGUAAAGUUGGAGUGCUUUUGUUACUGUGCCUUCAGUCCACAUUACUUGUGUAGUCGAGCAGAAGUGGGAUCUAUUAAAAAAAAUAGUAGUCUGUUUGUUACAAAGAAAAUGGCAAUAGGGCCACAUUAAUGUUUACUUGGGGCUUUAGGAAAUAUCCCCCCCAUCCAGAAAUACACUGACAUGGUUUAUGAUCAUGUCUGCUAACCCACUCCGUGUUUUAUUUAUUCAGUUAAUGUGUCAAUAUAUUCAGAAAGACCAAAAUGUGUACACAUGAAUGACUCAGGAAGAAAAAAAUUUAAUAUAUGAAAUUUGGAAAAAGUGGGUUUCUUGUAUAGGAAAAUUUGUUCUACUGUUGUGGGGACCUUAUUUAUUUUCAGUGCAAGUUUGCUUAACUACUAAAAAUGCUUCUACACAUUAACUGAAGUCACAUCUGGCAUACAGUAAUACAGUGCGUAAUUUACCUCAGUUAACAGGUUUGUGUACAAAUUGGCAUCAUAAGGUUAUUUGAAGUCUGUUCAUAUUAAUGAGUGUUUUUGAUGUAUUUUUCAAAUAACUGUGCUGAUGGAUUUCCUUUAAUAAAACCCCUGAGGGUGCAGACAUUGACAGUCGUGUUACAGCUAGUUGUACAGUGAUCCUUCUUGUAUUUAUUAUGCCAUUUUGAUCACACGCCUUGAUCAACACAACGAAAAAUAAACAUCCUUUUUUGUAAACUGA